AUGUCUUGGUCCGCGCGUGCCGUGGCAUGUACUGGGCCUACUUGGCAUCUCCCUCGUUCUGGGUCGCGACGUGCGCUUGGGAGCUGCGCAAGCAGCGCGACGCGAGCAUCACGACCGAGUGGGAGCGAGCCCGGGCGUGCCUGUUCCUGCUCUACGCCUUCUUCGACCAGCUCCGCUGCGUGGACCUGUGCUUCGCAACCGACCAGCAGCUGGCCGACGGGGCCUGCCGGAGCAUGUGGGGAGCGCAGCCGCUGUGGGCCCGGGCGGCGGCGUGGUGGGCGCGGCGUGGCCAUGCUGGCGGCGCUGGGCUUCUUCCUGCACUUCACGCUGCGGUGGACGCAUGCGGCGCUCGGGCUGCGGGCUCCGCGGGCCCUGCUCGGGCAGCUGAGGCUGCUGCUCCCCGCUCUGGCCCUCGGCAUGUCCGGCUGCGCCCUCAUGCUGCUGGCGUCCAACCGGAUCGCGUGGAUCUUCGGCCUGCUGGUGCUGGUCGUGUGCCUGAACGCUGCCUCGUGCUUCGCAUCCUGGGUCAUCCUCGACCGGCUGUCCGAGAUCCGUCGCGCUCCGCGCUCGCCCAGCGCCGACCCGAAGCUCGAGGCGCUGGAGAGGGUGGUGAUGCUCGAAUCGGCUGCGACGUGCAGGACAAUGCUGGCUCUCGCCGUGGUUGUGCUGGGCAUCUUCAUCCCCGUGAGCCUCCCGCGACUGCUGGAGGGGGGGCUGCGCUGGCCCUUGGUGCGGGGGUUUGCGCAGGGGACGUGGGUCGGCGACACUCGCUUCCCGGCCCUGGCCGCGCUUGCCUCGGAGGCUCCGGACGUGUUGCCGAAUCCAUGCGUGGAAGGGGCAGAGCUUGCUAUAGGCUGGGGCAUCUGUGGCUGCCUGCUGCUGUCGCGGCUCUGUGCGGGACGAGUUGAAGCGCCGGCAGAGACGGGUGGCGGGCGGCUGUCAGCCGAAGAGCUCGGCGCCGCUUUGCGAGGGAUGCUGGCGCGCAAGGCCGAGUAG